AACAAUAUAUUUUUGCAUCACUACAUUUUUUUGCUUUCGUAGACAAACUUGAUAUGUUUGAAAAAAAUUCGGACGGUGACUGAUUCUACAUAUGUACAAAAAAUAUCAUGGACGAUAAUGACUGUUUUUAUAGCGGCUUAUCGUUGGUUGAGCCAUCUUCGAUUGAUUAUGAGCUUAACCACAGUGUUUUGGACGAUAUGUUAAACCCAUCAGUACCGCAUAUUGAUUCUUCCUUGGACUUGAGUGCAUUACUACCUGCAGUUCACAGUGAUAUAUUUUGUGGCUUGUAUCACGGAUCAAAUCAGCAAAUCUAUGAUUUGGAUUAUAAUUUAGACACACUCUCGCCGUUCGCUGCUCCGCUUGCCCCAGCUAAUCGAACUGCUUCCACAUCCUCUGCCGAGGAUCCGGAAAAUUUCGAAGAUUUUAUUAGCUUUCUUAAUGAUGAUAACGUUUCUAAGCUCAGAUGCGAUAAUAUAUUACGCUAUUCGAAAGAACGUAAUACACCGUCACCCACAGGAAGUUGUAGCAGUUCUAGCGGUAGCUCGACAAGUGGAGUACAAAGCGAUAUAUCUGAUGUAUCACACAACAAACCUCUCGAUCAUAUUGACGUUGAGUCAGCAAUGCAGGCUAUACAAAAAUUGAACUCGAAAAGUGAUGAAACCAGUAGGAAUGAAUUCUGUUUAUCUGAUUCAAAUAUAUUAUCUGCUAUCGAUAGUUGUAAACAGCAAAAAACGCAAUUUAAAUCAAAUGUAGCUAACAUUGGACCAACUGUCACCAACAUUGAGCCAAUUAAUAUAGUAGCAUCACAAACACAAAAAUCUUCGGCUGCUGAACAAGUACAAGGUACCACGGCAAAUGCUGUCAAGCCGAAAACAAUAUUUCUCUCUUCUCAUGACUACAAAGCGCUUAUGCAAAAAAUUAACUUCAACGGACAAAAAAAUUUAAAAGUUGGGGGCUGUAACGCGCAAGUUCCUAAUUUGGUAAUAAAGACGGUAAAUUCAAAAACAUCAAAAGCUUUGCACGAUGAAAAAAAAGAUAAACAGACAGAUACACCAUGUGUUAAUCGAAUGUCUCAUAAUGGGAGCAUGCACCCACGAGGUGGCGUAAAACCUGAAAUCUCCAAUAGCGUGUCAAUAGAAGAAAAGAUAUAUAAAAAACAGCAGCGUAUGAUUAAGAAUCGUGAAUCUGCCUCCUUAUCCCGUAAAAAAAAGAAGGAGUACGUUGUGUCUUUGGAAACUCGAAUAACCAAACUUGAACGAGAAAACUAUACGCUAAAAGGAGAUAACACAACAUUGCGCACACAGUUAGUCACGUUUGCAAAAACAUGCACAUGUCGCAGCGGCAACUCAAGUGAAAUUGUACUUCACUCUUUAAGUUCUGCGGAGAGGAACGAGCCACACCACGUAAAAAUCGCACCUAAGCCAAAAUUUUCAAACCGGAAAAUGAAUGCAGCAACUGUUAAAAGAAAUGUUGCUGUGUUAUUUGCCAUGGCUUUUAUGGUAACUAUGAAUGCUGGGAAUUUUCAAUCAUUCCUUACCAAGCAAAACGUAGAUGACGAUGGUGGAAUACUAGAUUCUGUUGUAUCUACGGACCCUACGGCUGUUGGUCGUCGUCUACUUUGGGUAGCAACUGAAGAAGAGUAUGGCGACAAAAUUAGCCAGAAUAAGAGUCAGUUGGAUGAAAUGUCAGUUCCACCAUUGCAUUUUUUAAAUCCAGCCAGGCGUAACUUAACUGUUAGCUUAGAUAAAGACAAACCCAAAAAUACAUCACGAAAAGAUUUGGGCAAUGAACCGCCACCACUGGCGUACUCAUUAAUGAAAAAGUGCAAUGGUAAUUGCAACAGCUCUAAUUCUGCAGUUAACAAAUCUGACUAUUUACAAAUAUCCCAGAAUUUACGUAAAUGGGCUAACAGCAAUCCUUUUUUAAAUUUAAACAUGUCUUCGCUUUUUACUGAUGAGAAAAACAACCCACACGGGUUUAAAUUAUCGAAAGAUUACAUUGAGUUGAAACCUGAAAUUCACAGUCAACACAACAAGGGAAAACGAAAAAUCUACAUGGAUAUGCACGAUUAUAAUCUUGAUGUUGAGGAUAAACGACGAAAGAUAAUAAAUUCCAAUAUAAAUAAAGCAUUUAACAAUAAAAAAGAACACAUAUCAUUGUUAAAUGGUAUAAAAAGAAGAGAUGAUACAUUUUAUGUGCUUUCUUUUAACACGGACCACAUACUACUGCCAGCAUCCAAUUAUAAUAACAGUGAGCGACCUAAAAUGUCAUUACUCUUGCCUACAGGCGAUCCCAACAGCAAUGGCGAUAUUAUGUUAAUGCAGGUGGAUUGUGAAGUAUAUAAUACACAGGAACUGGAGUUAAAGUCUCAUAUGAUUCCUGCCAGGCUUCGGCCAAAUGGUACUAACUGGCAUCAAAAUACGCCAAAAUUCGACAACGCAGUAAAUGAACCACAAACUAAUAAAGUUGUUGAUAAAAUACCCGUGAAGUAUGAUAAACCACGGGUGCAUACUUUCUUUAUGGUUGGUCCAAAAAACCAAGCUGCUGCUGCUGUAUCACAAGAGAAGCCGCGUUUGGUGCAAUUUAACAACAGCAUCGCUAAUAAUAGUAGACAAAUGUCCAAUGCCCGGAGACGGGAAUCGCUUCAAGCAAAGUUUGAGCCUUAAUUUGCUAUUUUAAUUCAGUUCGUAAAGCUCAUACAAUGGGGGUACUUAAAAGUAAAAGUUAGUUUUAAUAGGACCUACUCUUGUUUAUUUAAUUGGAACUUUAAUAAAUUAUGAUUUAUUAACA